GCUGCCGCUCGGCCUCGAGCCCUCGCGCCAGAACUGGCUGGGUUCCGCCAUGCCGGCCGGCAGUAACGAGCCGGACGGCGUCCUCAGCUAUCAGAGACCAGAUGAAGAGGCUGUGGUGGACCAGGGUGGGACUAGUACAAUUCUCAACAUUCACUAUGAGAAAGAGGAGUUAGAAGGUCAUAGAACUCUGUAUGUGGGGGUUCGGAUGCCGCUGGGCCGGCAGAGCCAUCGCCAUCACCGAGCACAUGGCCAGAAGCACCGGAGACGAGGGCGGGGCAAAGGAGCCAGCCAGGGGGAAGAAGGCCCAGAGGCCCUGGCCCAUGAUACACCAUCUCAGCGUGUUCAGUUCAUUCUUGGCACUGAGGAAGAUGAAGAGCAUGUUCCUCAUGAGCUGUUCACAGAGCUGGAUGAGAUCUGCAUGAAGGAGGGAGAAGAUGCUGAGUGGAAGGAGACAGCUAGGUGGCUGAAGUUUGAAGAGGAUGUUGAGGAUGGAGGUGAACGCUGGAGCAAGCCUUAUGUGGCAACCCUUUCACUGCACAGUCUCUUUGAGCUAAGGAGCUGCCUUAUUAAUGGAACAGUCCUUCUGGAUAUGCGUGCAAAUAGCAUAGAAGAAAUCUCAGACCUGAUCCUGGACCAGCAAGAACUGUUCAGUGACCUGAAUGACAGCAUGAGGGUUAAAGUGCGAGAAGCUCUGCUCAAAAAGCAUCACCAUCAGAACGAGAAAAAGAGAAAUAACCUCAUUCCCAUUGUUCGCUCCUUUGCUGAGGUUGGCAAGAAGCAGUCUGAUCCACAUUCGAUGGAUAAGAACGGUCAAACUGUGUCUCCUCAGUCUGUUCCCACGACAAGUCUUGAAGUAAAAAAUGGAGUGAAUUGUGAACACAGUCCUGUGGAUUUAAGCAAGGUGGAUCUUCAUUUCAUGAAAAAAAUUCCCACUGGGGCAGAGGCCUCAAAUGUCCUGGUUGGAGAGGUGGAUACUCUGGACCGCCCCAUUGUUGCCUUUGUGAGGCUGUCUCCUGCUGUUCUUCUUUCAGGCCUGACAGAAGUGCCCAUCCCUACCAGAUUUUUGUUUAUCCUAUUGGGUCCAGUAGGGAAAGGUCAGCAGUACCAUGAGAUUGGCAGAUCCAUGGCUACCAUCAUGACAGAUGAGAUUUUUCAUGACGUGGCAUAUAAGGCAAAAGAACGAGAUGAUCUCCUGGCGGGAAUUGAUGAGUUCCUGGAUCAGGUCACUGUGCUGCCUCCAGGCGAGUGGGACCCCUCCAUUAGAAUCGAGCCACCCAAAAAUGUCCCCUCCCAGGAGAAAAGGAAAAUGCCUGGAGUUCCAAACGGAAAUGUUUGCCACAUAGAACCGGAACCACACGGGGGCCACAGCGGGCCGGAACUUCAGCGCACCGGGCGGCUCUUUGGGGGCUUGGUGUUGGACAUCAAGCGGAAGGCCCCCUGGUACUGGAGCGACUACCGGGAUGCACUCAGCUUACAGUGUUUGGCCUCCUUUCUGUUCCUGUACUGUGCCUGCAUGUCGCCUGUCAUCACCUUUGGGGGAUUGCUCGGAGAAGCCACUGAGGGACGCAUAAGUGCAAUUGAAUCCUUGUUUGGAGCCUCCAUGACUGGGAUUGCCUAUUCCUUGUUUGCGGGACAGGCUCUCACCAUCCUAGGAAGUACGGGGCCAGUGCUUGUGUUUGAAAAGAUUUUGUUCAAAUUCUGCAAAGACUACGCUCUUUCAUACCUCUCCCUGCGAGCUUGUAUUGGACUGUGGACCGCCUUCCUGUGUAUCGUCCUUGUGGCAACUGAUGCCAGUUCCCUUGUCUGUUACAUUACCCGCUUCACAGAAGAAGCGUUUGCCUCUCUGAUUUGCAUUAUUUUUAUCUAUGAAGCCAUAGAAAAGCUGAUUCACCUGGCAGAGACCUAUCCCAUCCACAUGCACAGUCAGCUGGACCACCUUAGCCUGUAUUACUGCAGGUGUACUUUCCCAGAGAAUCCCAACAAUCAUACCCUACAGUACUGGAAGGACCACAAUAUUGUGGCGACAGAAGUCCACUGGGCCAACCUGACUGUUAGUGAAUGCCAGGAGAUGCAUGGAGAGUUCACAGGAUCUGCAUGUGGCCAUCACGGACCCUAUACUCCCGAUGUGCUCUUCUGGUCCUGCAUUCUCUUCUUCACCACCUUCAUCCUCUCAAGCACCUUAAAGACAUUUAAGACAAGCCGCUACUUCCCAACCAGAGUACGCUCCAUGGUGAGUGACUUUGCUGUCUUCCUCACUAUCUUCACGAUGGUGAUCAUCGACUUUUUGAUUGGAGUCCCAUCCCCAAAACUUCAAGUUCCCAGUGUGUUCAAGCCAACAAGGGAUGAUCGAGGGUGGAUUAUUAGUCCCAUUGGCCCCAAUCCCUGGUGGACUGUGAUAGCUGCGAUUAUCCCGGCUCUUCUCUGCACUAUCUUAAUAUUCAUGGACCAACAGAUCACAGCUGUCAUCAUUAACAGAAAGGAACACAAGCUCAAGAAAGGCUGUGGCUACCACCUGGACCUGCUGAUGGUGGCCAUCAUGCUGGGUGUCUGCUCCAUCAUGGGCCUGCCUUGGUUUGUGGCUGCAACCGUCCUGUCCAUCACGCACGUGAACAGCCUCAAGCUAGAAUCUGAGUGCUCUGCUCCUGGAGAACAACCCAAGUUCUUGGGCAUCAGAGAACAGAGAGUGACAGGUCUUAUGAUCUUUGUGCUGAUGGGCUGCUCAGUCUUCAUGACGGCCAUAUUAAAGUUUAUCCCGAUGCCAGUGCUCUAUGGAGUUUUCCUCUACAUGGGAGUUUCCUCCCUACAAGGAAUUCAGUUCUUUGACCGUCUGAAGCUCUUCGGGAUGCCUGCAAAGCACCAGCCGGACUUCAUCUACCUUCGGCACGUGCCCCUGCGCAAGGUGCACCUCUUCACCCUCAUCCAGCUCACCUGCCUCGUCCUGCUCUGGGUCAUCAAGGCAUCUCCAGCUGCCAUUGUCUUUCCGAUGAUGGUAUUGGCGUUGGUCUUUGUCAGGAAAGUCAUGGAUCUCUGUUUCUCUAAACGAGAGCUGAGCUGGUUAGAUGACCUCAUGCCUGAAAGUAAAAAGAAGAAGUUGGAUGAUGCCAAAAAGAAGGCCAAGGAGGAAGAGGAGGCUGAGAAAAUGUUAGAAAUGGGGGGAGACAAGUUCCCCUUGGAGAGCAGGAAGUUACUAAGUAGUCCUGGAAAGAACAGCGGCUUCAGAUGUGACCCCUCUGAGAUUAACAUAUCUGAUGAGAUGCCGAAAACCACGGUCUGGAAAGCUCUCAGUAUGAACUCUGGCAAUACAAAGGAAAAGAGUCUCUUCAACUAAAAGUCUUUGCUGGGAAGGAAGAUUUGGGCUGUGAGGUGCCUCAGGGAAGUUCUGGUUACAGAGAAGAUGGUGAGUCUCUCAGAGAAGAAGCAAGACCAAAUCUGGCCCUGUCCGCCAUCACGUCAAAGCCAUGCUGAAGCAUUCAGUUACCCGUGCUGUGCUUUGGAGGGCAGCCAGCCAUCCCCAUACCAGCAGCCCAUCACCAGAUGUGAAUGGGGAAGCAGAAGACCACCUCUUGCUGGUACUUCUCUUCUUCCUUUCUCUUUCUCUUCAGAACUGCCACCCGUGAAGACCCAGCUUCCCAUCUUCCAGACAUUUUCUCUGAAACUCUCUGCUGGCCUGCAGAGCCAUAUGGAUCCACCCUGCCCCUGAGGAUUCCUUCGAUGAGCUCCCUCUUCCUGAAGGAUGGGGUCAGGGAGUCAGAGGAGAGCAGAGAGAAAAGGGAAGGCUCUCCAGUCCAGUAGAAUCCGCAGGCUCUGAGGCAGUCCUGGGCCUUCGUUUGAUGCCUCCUCUGGGGGAGGUUGGUCAGCCCCAAAGGCUGUCGGGGAUGUCCGCCACUAGGAGGGUCAGUGAUCUGGGCAUUGGCAGGGCUCACCACCACGGCCAGAAGAUGCCUCUGCCCCAGACACGUCUGUGUCGCUUCCUAGCAGCAGCCUACAUAACUCAGCAAGAUGAGUUAUGUAGUGAUGACAGGGCCAUGAGGGACACUGGAGUUGUUCAGCUCAGACAGGAGAAAGCUUGGGGGAAGAUCAGCAAUGAUAAGCGAGGACAAGUAGCUUCUCUUGGUUUCAUUGAGGAUGGACUAAGAGAAUGAGCUUCAGUUGUUCCAGAAGGAGUUGGUUUAGACACCAGGAAGGGCUUCCUAGCCUGAAGAUUUGUCCUAGUGUCUGCUUUCUAGACAUCUGAGAAAGGUUCGAUAACAGUUGUUUGUGAGUAGAAAGGGAGAUACGGUGUUUUUAUUGGACAUGUGGAAACAUCCAUAUUUUGCUGCUGUCUCUUAAGGAUACAUUCUGAUUCUACUCCAGGAGAGAUCCAAAUGCUUACGUAAUGUCUCCUUAGCUGCCUUAGUAGCAAACCAUCCUCAACUCAAUGGACCCAAACCACCUUCAACCGGGUGGUUUCUUCAUCAUUGUGAAUUUCUUUUGAUUGACAAGUGUUUUGGCUCUCAGAUGUAAAAAGCCACAUUGGGAAAUGAACUGUAAGUGGUGAAAUUAAUUUUGGUAUUUAGUUGAAAA